GCUCCAUGCAGAGGGGCCUGGCUGGGCUGCAGGAGCCAUGGAGAGCUUCGCAGAGGCCCUGAACCGGCUGAAGGACGCCCACGACAAAGAAGUCCUGGGCCUGCAGAGCAAGCUCACCGAGCUGAAUGCAGAGAGGUGCCGGGAUGCCCAGCGAAUCGAGGAGCUCUUUGCCAAGAACCAGCAACUCCGGGAACAGCAAAGGCUGCUGAAGGAGAACCUGCAGGUGCUGGAGAACAGGCUGCGGGCAGGACUGUGUGACCGCUGUGUGGUGACGCAGGAGCUGGCCAGAAAGAAGCAGCUGGAGAUGGAGACCUCCCACCUGCAGGGCCUGCAGCACCUCUUCCUCCUCACCAACGAGAUGAAGGCGCUGAAGCAAGAGAACCAGGCCCUGAAGGCGGCCAUGAGGCGACUCUGCGGUCUGACUGCCAGACCCAAGCCAACACCCCAGGAGGCCAGCCCGGACCCUCCCUCCCCGCUGCUGCUUCCAUCCCCUGGGGACUGGAAAGCUGGUCCCAAGAAGCUACCCGGAAGUCACAGGGAGGCUGAGGAAGAGCCCCCAGGCAUGGACACACAAGAAGGCAAGCCGGUGUGCGGGUCACCUCCAGGAACCAAGGCCUCACCAGGCACCCACCUGCCCGAACCUCGGGCCCCAGACAUGAGCCCGCACUGCAUCUCCAACCAGCUGCAUGGGACCAUUGCCACCGUGCGGCCUGGGGCCCGUAUCUGCCCCAACGACCAUAGCUCUGCUGACCUCACGUCCCCGCCAAGCCCAGCCAGCGAGCAAAGCCUCCUGCAGCCGCCCUCUGCUGCGACCUUUGAGGCUCUGAAGCGCUCCCUCCAGGCCGAUCAUCUCUGCCUCCUGAGCCGCCACCUGUCUUUGCACCUGCAGACCCCAUCCGGCGGGCCCUUGGUGCCCAUCACCACCCAAGGGGGCUCACAGCCACAGGACCUGAAGGCCACGGGGGCAGAGGCCUGGGAGGAGCCCACAGGUGUCCUGGGGCUGCCUGGCACCUUGGUAGGCAUGCAGGACCCCAGGUUGGAGGGGGCACUGCACCUGCUCCUGGCCCAGCAACAGCUACGUGCCCAGGUGGGCAGCGCCAGGCUCCAGGGCCCAGCCCUGCCACGGCAGACUCCGCCUUCCUCACCUCUUGGCUCGGACUCCAGAGGUCCCAAGAGUGAGGGGGUCCUGCCUGGGGAGCGGCAGUCACAGCCCAGAGGUCCAGGCAGCCCCAGGAAGGAGUCCACCCUGCAGGACUGUGGUCCAGACAAGCCUCUGGAUCUCUCAGACCGGGGCAGGAACGGCCAGCAGUCCUCCAGGCGGCCCAGUCCUGAGCCGCUGCCAGGGGCAGGCGUGCACAGCCCAGGAACACUCAACAGUGACCUCAGGGGCACCAGGGCACUGAAGCUGGAGCAGCCCCCACCACCUACACCAGCACAGCUGUCUGGUGUGAGACACCUCCUGCCGCUGGGGAGCAAGGUGUCGUCCAGCGUCUGCCAUAUGCAGGCCAAGCAGCUCCUCGUCUCGCCUCACCCCAACCACGGCAGCACAGGCCCAGCCCUCAACUCCGCACCUCGCAGCCCGAGCACCUGUGCUGCCCACCCGGCCACACGCCUGGGCCGCUGA